AUGUGUUCCUCGAUGGACCUCGUUCCUUCGGGCUUCCCAUCGCUUCGACGUCUCGAAUGCUCAUUCAAACGAUUUGUGACGUUCGCCAGCAGUCUCGUUACUUUUCCAUCGACUUUUUUACUGUGAUUUAGUGACCGAGUGACAGGUGCGCGAUCGAUUACUUCGUGCCAGUUUUUUCAACAUUUUUUUGUUCCCUUCAAUAUUUUCGACUCGAUCGUUGUCGGACUAUGAUGGAACUAGUUCGCGCUAUUUUUUUACUGUGCUUUUUCACUCAUUGGGCCAACAGCUACGCACUUAAGGACGGACCAAGGAAUAUUAAUCCCGGUGACGAGUUCACGACGGAGAGCACUGCUGUCGCGACAACGGCACAAUCCUUCAGAAAUGCAAGAUGGUACAAGCGAGGAGGCCACGAGGAGCUGGACGAGUACGAUGACCACGAUGACAUGGAGGACGAUGAUCACAGUGACGCCAAAGCGAUAUCUCAUGGGAAAAUUGAUUACUGGGCAGGCUACUACGAUUUUUUGAUCAACGAAGGAAGCUACAAAUUCUGGGCAGUGUUUCAGCUCGCAACCGCUGCGCUUCUCAUAUACAGUGGUUUCGCUGCCCUCUACUACGCGAAGGUGAACCCGACGACGAACGACGACUACGAUUACUUUUUACGAAAACGAAGGAGACGGAGGGACGCGUUUUUGGGUUUGGAUCCUCAAACGUUUCAGAGGAUACUCGAUGCGGUUAGCACCGAGCACUAAAAUUCGAUGGACUGAGAGAGCGUUAAUUGAAAAAUUUUCAAAUUUUCUUUACCGCUACGAGAGCAGCCUAAUUUUACGUGUUAAUCAUUGUAAGUGUGUGUAUGUGUGUGUUGAUGAAAUAUAAACCGAGAGUUUG